AUGAAAGAGGAAUGUGAAAUUAAAGGUCUCCGUUUGAAUGCUAAUAAAACUAAGGUUCUGGUAUUUGAAAUGGACGAAGAGAGAACGAAGUGUGAAAUAUGGGUAAAUCAGGAAUGUCUAGAACAGGAAGUUCAUUUUGAUAUAACAAAGUUCCACGUGAACCAAGUUACCCGUAUGACUCGAGAUUCAAUCAGAGAAUCGGCCUACAUCUAUCAAGACUUUUAUAAGCUGAUAAAUGAACGAUACUGA